CCUCGCGCGCGCGGCGCGCGCGACGGCGCAGCGACUACGAGCCAGCCGGCACGUGUAGUCCCAAUCGUUGACGCACAGCUGCUAAACGCAAUCGAAAGCGCAAGCGAUGCCGUCCUUGGAGACGCGACUGCGGCCCCUCCUCAAAGCAGUGGGCUACUUCGGCGCCGACGCGACGCGCGCGCGCACCGCCCAUGCGCUCUUUCGGGCGUGCGCGUUGCAGGCAUCGCACCCGAACUGGGCGAAGCGCGCGGGGAUCGACACGCGCGCGUUCCGGCCGCAGCAUUCCCUCAUUUUCGCGCACGUCUGGCUCGUCCACCGGGCGUUCGAGACGGAGGGCGCCUCCACCAGGCGCGAGCGCCGGCUGCUCCAGGAGGCGGUCUUCGACGAGCUCUGGGAGGACACGCAGGCGCGAAUACGAGCAUCGGGUGUCGCGGAGAUCUCCGUGAACAAACAUUUGACCGACGUACAGAAGUACUCGUUCCAGGCGGCCCUCGAGUACGACGACGCCUCGUCCCGCGACGGCGCCGACCGGCGCGACGCGCUCGGCGCGGCGAUCUGGCGCCACGUGCACCUCGGCGCCCGAGACGUCGAGGCGGAGCGGUGCCUGGCCGUGGCGGACUACCUUCUGGAGCGGCUCGACGCGGGAAUCCUGGCGGGGCCCCUCGGGGAGGUGGAUUGGGGCGCCGCGCCGCUUAGCAAAGGGUAGUUAACUCUACUACUAGU